AAGGAGGAGUGUUUCGGACUGUUGGGAGUGAACGGCGCCGGAAAGACCACAACCUUUCGUAUGCUUACGGGCGACGAGAGUCUGACGGGAGGCCAGGCCUGGAUCGGCCGGUUGUCACUCCGGCAGGACUUACAACACUUUCAACGAGAAGUGGGCUAUUGUCCACAGUUUGACGCUUUGCUCAACAAAAUGACGGGAAUUGAGACGUUGUUUAUGUUUUGCCGGUUAAGGGGAAUGACUGAGGAUAUGAUACCCGCGUAUGUGAAGGAUCUGACAGCUAUGGUAGACCUGACCCCUCACUCAAACAAAUGCACCGAAACCUAUAGCGGCGGUAAUCGACGCAAACUAUCGCUGGCUAUAGCCCUGUGCGCCGCACCGGCCGUUAUAUUUUUAGAUGAGCCGACCUCUGGUGUGGACCCAUCGGCCAGACGUAAGAUAUGGUCAACUUUGGCAUCACUUCAGCGCAUAUAUGGCUCGGCAUUCGUACUGACGUCACACUCGAUGGAAGAGUGCGAAGCCCUGUGCGCUCGGGUGGCCAUUAUGGUCAACGGACAGCUCCAGUGCUUGGGAUCUGUUCAACACCUCAGACACAAGUUUGGACAGGGAUUCACUAUUUUGGCUAAACUCCGGAGGGAUAUGACUGAAGAUCCCUCUUAUAUGGCAUCCAUCGAGCAGUUUGUGCGCCAAGAGAUGCCGUCGGCUGUCCUGAAGGACGUCCAUCAAUGUCUACUUCAUUAUCACAUAACAGAUCCACAGAUGUUGUGGUCGAAGAUGUUUGCACUCAUGGAAGACAUGAAACACCGCUUCUCUCUCGAGGACUACACCAUAAGUGACACCACUUUAGAGCAGAUCUUCCUUUCGUUCGCCCGAAGACAGCGAUAA